CUAUUCCUUAGUAAUAUUCAAACACUCACAACGAGCACAUCGGAGUCUCCGUAAAAAUUGUUCGUUUUAUUUUGUGAAACUUUUUUCAUUCCGAUUUGUACGAAAUUUUUGAAGAAACUGCGUUUUUUCCUUUUUUUUUUUUUUUUACAAAAGUACUGGCUUGUGAUAAGUAUCGAAACAAUGAACCGACUUUCGGAACAGCUGGUGGAGUUCAAAUCGAAAUGCUCCGACUAUCGCAAUGUCGUUAAGCUGAAUGUUUGGGGAAGCAACUUGGAUGACAUCAAGAUAUGCUUAGAAAUGCCGCGCUUGGAGAUUCUGGCGCUCAGCGUGAACAAUAUAAAUACGCUGAGCAGCCUCCAAAAUUGCCAUCGUCUUAAGGAGCUGUACAUCCGAAAAAAUAAGAUCGCAAGUUUUGAGGAACUCAACUAUCUGACUAAUGCCCGUUCGCUGACCUCGCUUUGGUUGGAGGACAAUCCAUGCGUCCUGGAAGCUGGUGGCACCUACAGGGCCCGUGUGCUGCGAAAGCUGCCCCAGUUAAAAGUACUUGACAACGUGGAAGUCAGCGAGCAGGAGGUGCAGGCCGCCCUCCGCCACGAGCCCGAACCGGAACAGAAAAUUGCGAUCAGUGCCCCGGUGGUGGAGUCGGCGCCCUCAACUAGUGGCGCCAAGAUGAACCCCUGUCGCGAGCGGCUGGAGCGCGAACGGGAAAAGGAAAGGGAGGAGGAGCGGCAGGAGGAGCGCCAGCGGGUGAUGAAGCUUGAACUGAAGAGGGAGCGGAAACUGAUGGAGGAACGGCAGCGUUUGAAGGAGCUGGAGCAAAAGGAGGAGCGGAAGCGGAUGAGGGAGCGGGAACUGAUGGAGGAGCGGGAGAGGCUAUCUACAACAAGACGUCUUGUUCAACCAGUCCGCCAGGAUGCCAGCGAUGCCAUGGCCAGUCCAUUCAGAAGCGAUGAUUUUGAUAUGGUGGACAACUCCUUUCAUCCCAGAAACGGAGGCGGUGCUGCGCCGCAGAGGCGUCUACCGAUGAAUGACAAUCUGCUGUCCGCGUCGUUGUUACUCAUCCGCGAAAUGGACGCAUCCUCAUUGAAGACGCUCGUCCAUGCCAUCCACCAGCAAAUGAGCACAAUGUCUCAUCCAAAUUAACGAAAUGUUCCACUUUAAUUUAAAUAUGUACAAAUUUAGUUUACAUUCAAGGGAAAAAUCUUGAAAGGCCAGCAUAUAGCCAUAUAAAAUAAUGGUGACAUAUGCUACUUUCAUUUUUUUUGACCCUCACUAAUAAUUUGUACAUUCAAAUUUUAAUACAAUUAAAACAAUAAUCGCAAUAUUUU